AUGCCAUUCGACUCGAAGAAUUUAAAGAGGACAGUCAUGGAUACCGAGCUGGACCAAGUCCUCUGCACUGUCUUGUCUCUAGAAGAAGACUAUCCAGCAUUGUCUCCUCCCAUGAGGAACCAAGAACAUCUGUGUAGCCCUUUCUACACUGUUUUUGAUUUAGGUUCAAAUAAGGAAGCUACAGAAGGUCUUCAUCACUUGGAUUUUCUACAACAAGCAGCGUGUGGACUAUAUUCUAUGGUAGGUUUACAGAAAGAACCACAGAUCAGGCCAAAUAUGAUCCAUGAUGCACCCAUAAGUGUGACCACCUCUGAGGAACUUAGAGAAAACAGACAGAACAAGCCUUUAAAAAGAAAAUAUUCUUCUUCUGAUGAUGAUCUGGAUGGCUGUAAGAAGCCCAGAGUGGAGAUUUAUAACCAUACGACAUUGGCGUCCAGUGCCCGAUCCAGGAAGAAAACCAUCUUUAGUAAUGAACAGACCAAUUUCCUUCAGAACCAGUUUGAAUCCAACCCAUAUCCAGAUUUCGUACAUAGAUGUCGAAUCUCUGAAAUAACAGGAAUCCCCGAACCCAGGAUACAGGUUUGGUUCCAAAACAGAAGAGCAAGACAUCCCCUAAGAAUCAAUAGAUUCCUGGAAAAUAAGAAGCUUUCAUCUGUCUCCAGUACGGUGAAUACCCCAGAAGACGUCUACAGGCUCCACUAG